AUGGUACAGUCAGUACACCAUGAAAAAUACAAACUGGGCGUUGUUUCUGGUGGGAAAGUGGUGUUUCCGCGGGCAAGCAACAGAUCGUGCAGUUCAAAGACUGUGACACUGCUAACACACAACCAGAGCGGCAUAAUCGUUCCGUUUAAUAACCAGCUGAAAAUUUAUUCGUUAGAAACUCGGCAGUGCGUCAAAACUUUGAAAUAUGCGAACAACAAGCAAUUGGCAGAUGCGUUUCUCGGUCCAAGAUCCGCUCAUGUGAGCCAUCUUGCGCUGGGAGACGUCACGAAACAGGCUGAAAGUGAUACAGGGACCGAGGAAUUUGAGAUCAGCGUUUUUUCCAGCUUGGGUACCGUCAUAGUGGUCAACUACAAGGGACGGCUUGCGGAAGAAGCAAAAGUGGUGGAGCUUGGAAACGAUUUCGCACAGGAUGAGCGUGUCAUUAAAGUAUUCGAAACGGUUCAAGAAGGCGCCCUCAGGGUUUUAACUUCUGUCCAGGAAUCGUCUGCGGCGUACACAUACAGACUAUACGAGUAUAAUCGUGCCGAACAGAAGCUGAUCGAACGCCGGAAAAUCGAUCAUGUUCUGCUGUCUGCAUGGUCUUCCAAUAGUCAAUAUUUAUCCAUACUGAAGAAAGAUCAAAGCAGCAAAAAGGAAGUACAUGUGUGGUCGGUUUUCUCGGAUGUUCCUGAAAAUGACAUUAAGCUACCGCUUCCCUCGACGUCCAACUCUUCCACAGCCUCGUCAAACUCCCAUUUUGCAACAGUCAUGGCUUUGGACAAUGAAUGUUCGCAACUGGCCGUUGGGUUUGCCUCUGGUGUGAUCAAUGUUGUCAAUCUCCAGGACCGGUCGUCUCGCUUGCUCAAGUGGCACAUCGAUUCCGUGCUUUCCUUGUGCUUUACUUCAGAUGGAUCAUACCUGCUUUCCGGUGGUUGGGAAAAGGUGCUUAGCUUUUGGCAGCUAUCCACAAAUCUACAGCAGUUUCUACCCCGAUUGAAUGGUGUUGUUGUAGAUUGCGAACUUGUCAACGAGAAGUUUUAUAGCCUGGGUCUACAUAUCACUGAGAACCAAAUGAGCACCGACUAUCAGCUGCUGAUACUCAAUGCGACCGAUCUGAAUUCUAGAGUUUCCGUCAGCGGGCCUCUCUGUGUCUUUCAAACGGCUAUUAAGGACGUAAUCUCCCCAGUGUCUGCCGUUUCUUCCAAAUCUUCUACUGCAUCAACAGAUUUGGUCAAAGCGUCCAAAAAACAGCAAAGGAAAUUAAAGCGGAAGAGACAGGACUACAGUUCCAUAUUGGAAAUUCAGCCCAGUACCAAGCAUUUGUACUUUCCUCAUACCUCGGCGAUUCAAGCCUACGAUUUCUACAGGAACGAGCAGGUUUCAUAUCAGUAUCUAUCAUCCGGCAUUAACAAUGCGAUGGGUAAAGUAAGGGCUGAAUUAAACCUGAAAGAGCCAUGUAUUUCAAAUGUCAAAUUUACUAAAGAUGGAACCUGGAUGAUUUCAUAUGAGGUUGAGUUUUCUCCAGAUAAUUUACUAUCAUCAAAUGACAUGCAGCAUGUUCUUAAAUUCUGGAAGUUGUCUGAAAAGGGUGACUGGACCUUAAUUACGAAAGUUAUCGGGCCUCAUGGUGCAAAUGCGCCCGUUACAAGCAUUUUGGUGGCCCCAAGAUCCAUCAACGGGUCUCAUGGAUGUUUAACGGCAGACAACAAUGGCGGUAUCAAGUAUUGGUCCUUCAGCGAAAGCGACUCGAAUUGGCAACUAUCCAAAUUUGCCCCGCCUAACAACAAUCAUUUCAGUAAUUCUGUCGAGCUGGCUUGGUCCCUCGAUGGAAGUCUGAUAUUUCAUGCAUUUGACGACAAAGUCACCGUUCUGGAUUUCAAUAAUUUCGAUAAGUUCAAAAAGCACUCCGAAGACGCAUUCAACGAAUUCACUAUGGACUCUUCAGUCCAAUCAAUAAUGCUGGUGAAUGAUUCUAAUUUAAUAGUUGCGACUCAAACCACUUUAAACUCGGUCAAUCUACUUCGAGGUCGGAUAGAAGUUACUUUCGACCUUUUCCCAUAUGUCAACGGGGUUUACAAAAAUGGUCAUCUUGGAAGACUGAUGACUUGUGACGAGAAGAAUGGCCGUGUGGCUCUCGUUCUCAACCAACAAAAUAAGGAGACCAGUAAGAUGCUCGCUUCCGAUUAUAGUUCUCGGGUUAUUAUUUUCAACGCAGAUCUAACUCAAAAACUUGGCUCUUUUCAACAUAGCGACUACAUUUCGUGUAUUAGGUGGAACCACGACACGGACUUCAUAUUUUUGGACAUCAAAAAUAGACUCGGAGUGGUCAGUACAACGACAAGCGCAGAAAUGUUCGAAGAGGUGGACAAGGAUGCUGUGAUGGAUCCCUUGGACUCUAACAGAUUCGAACUCGAGUUGAAAAAAUUAACCAACAGUAAUGAAAAUGCGGUGAACGGUAACAGUGGCCACGAGGAAGACGCAGAAGAAGAGGAUGCCACUCUCGAUUUCAUCAACGGCGAAAAGUCGCAGAAACUUCUGAAUAUGAACAGCUUCACCAGCAUGUUCGAGAAUUUGGGAAAUGUGCAAAUGGACACCCUUUUUGAUAGAGUAUUAAAAGCUAUUUCAUAG